AUGUCAAGGCUUCAUGGCAGCGCAUAUGAUGACCUUUUCUGUCCGGGCGCACUUGCGCUCCCUGCAACGCAUCGGACAACACGCGGUCAAGCCAUUGCUGCAGAAUGGCGUGCUCUAAUCGCUUCGAAAGAAUGUUCUAUGGCCCGAUGGGAUGAAGACUCACGUGGCACAAUCGGAGAACUGAUGCCAGUUGAAUUCGCACAGCACGCCACCAGAGCCACUGAUUACCUGAUUCUUGUCGCCAUUUACCGUGUUGCAUUCAGCAAGCCAUCAACGAAGGUUUCUUCCGGAUGCAUAGCCGCUGCUCGUAUAAGCCUCCGUGAGCAUACUCAGUGUAUCGCACUGCUCGCCAGCUACAACAACGAUCCUGCUCCGUUCGAGCUAUGGGUCAAUGGGGGGCUAAUUCUCUUUCCGUUCUUGCCUUUCAACAUCAUCUUCUGCAGCGUCAUUGAGACUGCCAAUCUCGCAGACCUUGAAAGUCUGAAGACUUAUGUUGAUGCUCUAGCGUCGCUCGCAGAAAAGCCAGAAUACACAUCAUGCACAAAGCAACUGGAGAUAUUCAGGGCGCUGCACAAGCUGGCUUUAGUGCACAGUGAGAUCAGAGCCCAGAUGCAGCUAAGCUCCUCUUCAUCUGGCCCGUUAUCAAGCAGCGCGAAGGACGCAGAACUGGAGGGAUUGCCGAACACAUUAGGAGGGCUACCGUCAUGGCAUGAUCGUGAUGAGAUGUGGAACGGGAGCAUAAAUAUCACCAACGAACCCUCUAUUUUAGCAAGUCAGCCAUGGGCCAACUUUGGUGGCAUGGAUCUUGAUCCACUUGGUACGCAGUUGGGGUAUUGGAUUCAGGAAUCCAGCCAAGAUUUUGACAAUUUCGACGAGACAUGA